AAAUAUUUAAAGAAAAGCAUAAAUUUUUUAUCAUAUUUUCUACACUCCAUGUGAAUUUGAACUCAAAUUUACAAACAAUACUUGAGGAAGAAGGUGGAACUAUAGAUAUCUUUUUUUGAUAAAUCAGGUCAUUCAAUGCAUGAAGAUGAGCCUUUAAGAAUGGCAAAACAUAUUUCAGAUUUUAUAUUCCAUGAAAAAAUUCCUUUAAAUUCUGAAGAGAUAGAAUAAAUAAUACUUCAGGAGUAUUAAACUUUUAAUCUAGUGCUUUAUCAUAUGAUAAAUAAAUAAAAGAUAUUUGCCAGUGUGUGAUU